GGCGGCGAAAGUGAAAUAUCAGAGCUGAAGAUGGUGAUGAAGAUGGAGAAGGUCGGCGAGAGGAGUGAGUUGUACGAGGAUUACAUGGACUUCUACGAGGGCGGGGCACGCGGCGCGAGCCUGCAGAGGAAGCUGUGCAAGGCGGUGAGCGCCAAGGUGCUGACGGACUACGAGCGGAUGGUCGAGGCGAUCGGGAGUGUGACCGAGCACAUCUUUGAGUUCCGCAAGUACGAGGUGUACGUGAUGCUGUACCCCACGCUGGCCAUGGGCUACCUGCAGAUGGUGUGGAGCGGCAAGGGGCAGAGGGCCAAGGCCUUUGUGGAGCGGCACAGGCACGACUUGGACGAUUCGUACAGGAGUCGCAUGGCCAGGCUGGUGCUGAUCCGCAGGCCGGAGGAGGUGCCGGGCAGGGCGGUGGAGCUGCUGGCUGGGGCGGACAAGGUGCAGUUCUUCAUGGCCUGCAGCACCUUCCAGCGGUUCAAGACGCUCCAGGCGAAGUUCUGGACGGGCGGGCAGCUGGCGGUCUUCCUCGCCCACUUUGACAUCUGCAUCUACGCCGAUGAGAAGCUGUCGCCGGAGCGGGUCCGCCCGGCGCGUCCCUUGCCGGAGCCCUUCUCGUGGGCCGCCGCAGGGGCUGUGCCGGACUGGCCGCUCGAUCGCAGCCAGCUGCCCAGGGUCUGCAUUAACAUGGCCGCGCCCAUGGACAGUGCCGACGAGGUGACUUGCGCGACGCUCUCGGAGGACCAUUGCAGCGUGGCCUUUGGCACUGGCUGCGGCAUGGUGCACGUGGUGGCCGUGAACAAGGACUGGCGAGACGCGAACAACCUGCGGAGGGAGAAUGUGUUUUGCGGCCACCAGCAGGCGGUGCUGGCCUGCGCCUUUUCGCCCGGGGACCGCCACCUGCUCACCUCCUCGGCGGACUGCACCAUGCGGCUGUGGUGCACACGCUCCGGAUUCUGCAAGAACGUCUAUCAGUACCGCGCGGCCAGGUGUGUGGUGUUCGGGCCGAGGGGCUGCCACUUCGCCACCUCCUCGGACGACAAUGUGGCGCGCGUGUGGGGAGUGGACUCCAGAAGUCCCCUUCUCAGUCUCUAUGGCCACUUGGCGCGACUGGAGGUGUGUCUGUUCCACCCGAAUGGCAACUACUGGGCCACUGGAUCGGCAGACGCCACCGUGAGGAUCUGGGACUACGACAACCGCGCCCAAGUGCGCCUCCUCCGCGGCCACAAGGCCCCAGUCACUGCCCUGGUGUACUCGGUGUGCGGACGCUACCUGGUCUCUGGGGGCCGAGACAACCUCAUCAUUGUGUGGGACACAGCCGACGAGCGAAUGAUCCGCUGCCUGUGCCAGCACAAGGCGAUGAUUGCCUCCAUGGAGAUCUCCUGCUGCAACAAUCUGCUGGCUGUGUGGAGCCGCGGCUGCCAGCUCAGCCUCUGGGACUUUCAGCUGCUCCUCAAGCAGUCCGUGGCCCAGGGCCCAGCACCGCUGAUCUGCUCCCUGAAGGGCACUGAGAUGGGAAUUUUCCUCCAGGGCGGCUUCCAUGGUCGCAAUGGCCUGGUUGCCAUCUGCACGACCAGCUGCCAGGAGGUGAAGGAGCUCAGCGCCAAGGCAGUGCAGCAGGAGGCUUCCCUUGCUGCCCUUGUGAAGAAAAUUGCAGAUAUCCAAGCGGAAAUCCAUUUGAAUGCAGAGCGAAAACUGCUGGUGCAGUCCAUGCUGGAGGCAUUGCGCAUCGAGCGCGAGCCCUGACCCCAUUCGGCUCUCAUCUGCAAGUCGCUGGAGCGAGUCAUCGAUGGAGAGCAUCUCCAUCUCUAGUCUAUGCACAUAAUUAUCCAUAUUCUGUACAGGGUACACCAAUGUCUGCACGUAUAAACUACAUAAACAGCCACUCG